AUGGUCGAAGAAAUCAACAUUAACAGGAAAUGUGCCGAAAUACAUUGCGACGAAUCAUUAGAGUCAAAAUUCCUAAUAAUAUGCAUUUGUGGCAUAUCCAUCGUGGACUACGAUACAUUCCGGCGGCACUUCUGCAAUGAGCAUUUGCAGGCAGAGAUCCGCGUCGGAAAAGGUGAUUUGCUAAAAGAUGCACUUACUCAUGAAGCUAGCGACUCCACGAGUGCCUCUGAUUGCCUAGAUGAGCCCGUGCUUCUGAUGCCAUCGAUCUCAGUGUCAGUGGCAGCAAUAACAGAAAGUCGAUCAGAUGCACUUACCAUUGCCACUGACAAUGUCGACUCCAACUGUAGCGCAGCUUAUGAUGGCCCACAUCUGGGUAAGCAGCCGGAGCAGCGUCCAUAUAAGCCGCGCAAUAAGUCAAACAUAUGCACAUAUUGUGGACGCACUUUUCGACGGCGCUAUCUGCUUGACACGCAUUUAAAUAUACACACCGGCAGCAAGCCCCAUCAGUGCGAGAGAUGUGGCAAACAGUUUCGCGCGAUCUCCACGCUGACGCGACAUUUGCGCACCCAUGAGCAGCGCCAGGCGCUGCAAUGCCAGCAUUGCGAGAAGCUAUUCACCCACCGCAGUGCACUACUUAGCCACGAGUUGCGGCACACACAAGUGCGUCGCUGGGCCUGCACCGUCUGCGACAAGUGCUUCUACACCCGCAACCAAAUGGAUACCCACAGACGCAAGCUACAUGCGAAUCUCAGUGUAGAGAAGGCCGAUUCGACGGAUAAUGCUGACACCAGCUCGGCGCAUUUGCCUUUUGCCUGCGAGCUGUGUAGCAACACUUACCGCAGUGCCUCCACGCUGAGCACCCACAAGUUGAAGAAACACUACCGCUUGGCCAAAUACAGCUGUGAGCAGUGUGAUAAAAAGUUCAUAAAUGCUAAUUAUUUGCGGCAGCACCAGCUAAUACAUGUUAAGCCCGAAGUUCUAAUAAACUAA